AUGGCUCCCGAAAUCGCAAUUGUUGGCGGCGGCCCAGCAGGCUUGGCAUUGGCGGCAAUCCUCGAAAAGAAUAACAUCGAUUAUAUCGUCUACGAGCGCAGCAGCGAACAGUCUCAGCCCCGUGGAGGAUGCCUCGACUUGCAUGUAGGCAGCGGACAGCGGGCGAUGCACGAGGCAGGCGUUUAUGAUGAGUUUAAGAAGAAUUCGCGUGAUGGAGAUGCCACCAUUCACUUGCUGUAUGAUCAUCAGGGAAACAAGCUUCUGGCCUUUGGGGAGGGCCGCGAUGCUCCCGAAAUUGAUCGGUGGCAGCUGCGAAAUGUCCUUCUCACCGGUAUCCCGAAACACAAGAUCAUCUGGUCAAAGCCCGUGGCUAGCUCCCAUCGGAACGAGGAGGGGCAGAUUGUACUCACGUUUACCGACGGUACCACGGCAUCAGGGUUCAACCUUGUCGUUGGUGCAGACGGCACAAACAGUAAAAUUCGACACUUGGUGACGGAUGCAAAGCCUGUUUACUCAGGUAACCUCUACAUCACGACCAAGAUUCACCCUGGCAACUCAUACUAUUCCACUCUCGAAUCUAUCGGCGGUGUCGGUUCCCAUGUCAUCAUGGGCAACGGGAAACACAUGUUCAAUUCGCGGCAGGGAGAUGGCCAUUAUCGCAUCGACGUUGGCUUGCACAAGCCUGAGAACUUCCCUGCCACCGCCGGCAUUGACUUUGACGAUCAUGAAGCCGUCAAGAAUCUCCUUCUCAAAGACGAGUAUUUCGGGUCUUAUGCACCGGAGCUCAAAGAUAUUAUCCGCCACAGCGAAGGUCCUUUCAGGCCGUGGCUGAUGUACCACAUGCCAACCGACAGACUGAACUGGAGUGCCUCUGAGGAUGUAACUCUGAUAGGAGAUGCUGCUCAUGUCACCACGCCAUUUGUAGGUGACGGUGUCAACUGUGCGUUGCGCGACUCGUGUAUUCUCGCUGGCAAGCUGAAGGAAUUUGGCCUGACGAAGAGGGCUAUUGCUGAAUAUGAAAAGGAGAUGCUUCCGUACGCUAUUGACGUGAUUUCACGGAGCAUAUUGAGUGGGGUUCAGUUCUUUGAAGAUGAUGCCCCUAAAUCGUUUCUGGCUACGAUGACCUCUGCUAGGCCACUUAUUGGAGCAUCAGAUGGGCACUAA